CGGACGGGCGGGCGGUCCGAGUGCCGCGGCCAUGGCGGCUCCCUUGGCGCAGUUCGACGAGGACUGGCAGGAUUUCUACGAGUUCAAGGCGCCCUCGGGCAGUUUCAAACUGGACCAGGUCAACUCCAACGGCGUUGCGGCCCCGGUCCCGGCCAGCGGCACCGGGACGCUGGAGCAGAGCCUGGAAGAUUUCGCCGAGCUCGACAACUUCUCCGGCGAAAUAGGCAGCUUCAAGUCGAUGGAGGACCUGGUCAAUGACUUCGACGAGAAGCUGACCGUGUGUUUCCGGAACUACAACACCAACACGGAGAACAUUGCACCGAUCAAGCCCAUCUCCGAGGAGAGCAUCAUGAGAGACGACGAGAUUUGGAAUGCAUUGACUGAUAACUAUGGUAAUGUAAUGGCCGUGGACUGGAAGACAUCCCAUACCCGCGCUUUGCACCUGCCAACACUGAAUCUAUCAGAAAAGGCGUUGAAUGACAACCUUAACCUUGAUCUUUCUGAUGAUGAGGAACUACGGGAUCAGCUAGACAUGCAUUCCAUUAUCGUUUCUUGUAUAAAUGAUGAACCACUCUUCACGGCUGAACAGGUAAUUGAGGAAAUAGAAGAGAUGAUGCAAGAAUCUCCUGAUCCUGAAGAAGAUGAUACACCCACUCAGUCUGACCGACUUUCCAUACUUUCGCAGGAAAUUCAAACACUCAAGAGGUCUAACACCAGCAACAGUUACGAAGAACGUGUGAAGCGAUUGUCCAUGGCUGAAUUAAAUGAGCUUUUGGAGGAAAUUGAGACUGCAAUAAAAGACUAUUCAGAGGAGCUGAUUCAACAGCUAGCUUUACGUGAUGAGUUGGAGUUUGAAAAAGAGGUGAAAAACAGCUUCAUCUCCAUACUCAUUGAGGUGCAAAACAAACAGAAAGAGCACAGGGAAACAAUGAAGAAAAAAAAGAAACAGAAGAAUGGAAGCCCACAAAAUGGAAAGCAAGAGAAAAGUCACAUGCCAGGAACGCGUUUCAGCAUGGAGGGACUCUCAAAUGUCAUUCAGAAUGGCUUUCGCCAGACAUUUGGAAGCUCAGGUGGUGAGAAACAGUAUUUGACUACAGUCAUUCCUUAUGAGAAGAAGGCUGGACCCCCAUCAGUAGAAGAUCUUCAAAUUUUAACUAAAAUCCUCCAGGCAAUGAAGGAAGAUAGUGAAAGAGUGCCAACCUUGUUGACAGAUUACAUUCUUAAAGCAUUCGUAUAAAGGCUGGAUUGACUGAGUGCUCUGCCCAACUUAAAGCCAGCACCCUGUCUUCACAUCAGACAGGCUUCAAGACCAUAUUCUGCUAGCUCCUGUGAAGAAGGAAACACUUUUUUUUUACCCAGAGGUCCUAUUGAACUAAUUUCCCUUCUUGAACAUUUUGCUUAGCUUUUCUUCAUUUAAUCUAACUUGUCAAUGGAGAGUAGUUUUAUCAGUGAAGAUAGUAGUGAAGAUUUCCACAUUCCCACCCCACCAAACCUCUUUACCCAUUUAACAAACAGUGUUAGGCAAGCUAACUGCAGGUUCAAGUAUUAGCACUAUGCCCCAGUGCAAGCCCAGCUGCUGUUUUUAUUAGAGCAUAGAACAAAAGAAAGCCUGUACACUUUUAAUGAUGAGUAUUGUAUUAGCAGUGUAAUAUCUAUUUUUACAAUGUGCAGAUUCCAGAGGUUAACUUUUUAUCAUUAAUGAAACUGUUCAAGAAACAGUGGAUGUAAAUAGGUUCAAGAAUUUUAACCAAUCCAUAAAGCAGCAAACCUGUACUUUUAUUAUUUAUUUCAAUUAUGCUAAUUUUCAAAAAGGGAACAGAUGGUUUAACUGCACCACUAAGGCAUCCCCUGAGAACAUGGCUCCUUUAAUACAAUGCUCACUUUUUGGGGUGUUAAAUGAGUGCAAGGUUUGAAAAUGUAAAUCAUAGUGUUGCACUUGAUUAUAAAUUAAAUUCUGUAAAUUUGUGUGAUCUGUUUCUGGAUAUUCUCCCAUAGCAUUUAGAUUUAACAGUGAGGCACUUGUUGGUAAUAAUGGAGGAGUUAGUCUGCCAACAAAUUUGCCUUUUCCAUCUCACAACUUCAGUUAGAUUGAGAAAUACCGAUGUUUAUUAAAGAAGUACUGGUAUUGGUCUGCAUAAAAUGAAAUAGACUGGUCUCCCUGUCCCCUCCUUUCAAAAUUCACUUACACUAAAGUUAUUUUCUAAUGGGGAAAAAAAUGCUGGCCUCUAUAACAUUUUGUGGGGAAAGAUCUUUUUGAAAGAUAAUUUUUAUUUGAGGAAAGAACAUGACUACUCCAAUGAGUGUUAACUGAAAGCUGAAGAGGCAAGACUGAGUCUUAAAUAGAAUUGAGUAUUGAUAUGCUGCAUUAAGGUCACAUUUACUCCGAGAAAAGGAAGUCAGCUGAAUUUGCAAAAUUAUAUUGACUACAUCAGGAUACUACUAGGUCUCAACUGGGCCCAGUGAGCAGGGUUCUGUUUAAUGGGCUAUAUUGUAGAAUGUUUUGUACUCAUUCUGUGUCUCGAUUAAUUUAAUGUACUAUACUGAUUUAUGCUAAUCAUGUGCAAUGAAUGUUAAUAGAUUCAUUAUUAGCAGUCUUGUUAAAUUAUAUAUUUCUUAAUGGUGGACAUAGGAGAAUAUUAUUGUGUAUGUGCUUAGCCUAUAUGUAAAUCAAAGGCAGCAUGCUAAUCAUGUUUGUAAACUAAGUAUGUAUUGUAAUUUCAUUUGAGAUACAACAGGGAUUAUUUUAAAGUGCAAACUUUAUUUUAACUUGUCUCAUUUGUCCCUUAUGUCUUCUAAUGCCAAGAUUAUCAACAAAAACAGUAACAAAAAUCCCUAAAAAUGACCAGGAACCAGUCCACACUACAUUGAACUCCAAUGCAUGCAGCAGUUUUGAAAUGAGAACACAGUUUUGGUACAGUUGCUUACGAACUUGGCUGAUAGCUCCAAUGAAUUAGCUGCUGCGUGGAGAGCAAAGCCUCAUUGUACUACUAUCACAUGAAAUUUACAGAAUGGAGGGACAUGGACAUGGCACAAAGCACAGGAGUCAGAACUGGCAAUGCCACAUUAUUAUGGUUGCAUGAGCAAUUUUUGGAAGUACGCUGAAACAUAUCGCCUUCUAACAGUAUCUGCAGACUCUGUUGAACCAAGCAUGCCUGUGUGUACACAUGUGUUGUUGUAAUACUCCUGUAACGUGGUAUGGUUUUACUAGUUAGGAAAUGACUAUCUGUGACAUGAGAAUUUUUUUUCUAAGUUUUAAUGUAGCAUAUUGGUCUUUUAAAGUGGUGGUAGUCUUAAUUUGUUUAUCCUAUAUCUUUGACAGCUUGUAAAGUUUGUGGCAGUAAUUUUAUUUCAUAAUGGAACAUUUUGAGAACAAAUAAACUUGAUUUACACA